ACUGAAAGAAGGUGAGCAUCAGUCAUCCAGUAGGUAAACAGAGAUGAUACAGUAAAAGGAUUGGCAGGGAAUAUUGUAGGAAUAAGACCAAAAUAACUAAGAUUUGUGGUUAUGAAAUAGAAUUGUAACAAAAUAGAAAUAACUAAUAAAAGUCAGGAUUGAAAGAGCAGAGAAGACAGAAAGUAGUCUACAUUUGCUGGUUUCUAAUUUUAUAGUUGGAGAAGAAAAGGCUUACAAAGCUUAGACAUCAGGUAAUAGAGAUGUUAGUAUAUUUGAAGGAAUAUAGAUUAGCACUUAAAGAACUAAAUAUGGUUAGCCAAAAUCAAAUAGAGAUGAGAUAGGAAGAAAUAAAACUGCUAAAUUUCUUGUCUUUGAACAGCACCUGUGGCUCAGUGAGUAGGGCACCGAUCCCAUAUACUGAGGUUGGUGGGUUCAAACCCAGCCCCCACCAAACUGCAGCAAAAAAAUAGCCGGGUGUUGUGGCAGGCACCUGUAGUCCCAGCUACUCCGGAGGCUGAGGCAAGAGAAUUGCCUAAACCCAGGAGUUGGAGGCUGUGAGCUGUGAUGCCAUGGCACUGUACUGAGGGUGAUAAAGUGAGACAGAGUCUCACUAAAAAGAAUAAAUAAAUAAAAAUAAAAUAAAUUUCUUAUUUUAUAGGAAUAAUCAGAGAUGGGAUCUGUGGUGAAAGAAAGAAAUGCCUAUCAUGGCAUUCCUUACAUUUGAAAAACUGAAAAUAUAUGUGGGAUAUUUAUAAGAAAUGACCACAUCCGGGUGGCGCCUGAGGCUCAAAAACAAAAUUACCUUCCUAUUCUAAAAGAUGAAAACGACUGGGUUACUUUGUAAAGACAACCAAGUGAGCAUUGCAGACUAAUGAGUAGAAUCAAUAAGAACGUGAUUUUGGCCCUUUUAACAUUGACAAGUUCUGCAUUUCUGCUGUUUCAAUUGUACUACUACAAGCACUAUUUAUCAACAAAGAAUGGAGCUGGUUUAUCAAAAUCUAAAGGAAGCCGGAUUGGAUUUGAUAGCACACAGUGGCGUGCAGUUAAGAAAUUUAUUAUGCUAACAUCCAGCCAAAAUGUGCCAGUGUUCCUUAUUGACCCUUUGAUUCUGGAAUUGAUUAAUAAAAAUUUUGAACAAGUCAGAAAUAUUUCUCGGGGCUCUGCUUCAGAAUGCAAGUUUUUCUGUGUUCCAAGAGACUUUACUGUGUUUGCACUACAGUAUCACCUGUGGAAGAAUGAGGAAGGCUGGUUUCAGAUAGCUGAGAAUAUGGGAUUUCAGUGCCUAAAGAUUGAGAGCAAAGAUCCCCGGCUAGAUGGGAUAGACUCACUCUCUGGAACCCAAAUUCCCCUGCACUAUAUCUGCAGAUUGGCGACUCAUGCCAUCCACUUGGUGGUCUUUCAUGAGAGGAGUGGCAACUACCUCUGGCAUGGCCACCUACGACUCAAAAGACACAUUGACAGGAAAUUUGUUCCUUUUAGAAAGCUACAGUUUGGUCGUUAUCCUGGAGCUUUUGACAGGCCAGAGUUACAGCAAGUUACUGUUGAUGGACUAGAAGUUCUCAUUCCAAAAGAUCUAAUGCACUUUCUAGAAGAAAUACCACACUCUAGGUUUAUUGAGUGUAGGUAUAAAGAAGCCCGGGCAUUCUUCCAGCAAUACCUUGAUGAUAACACUGUGGAAGCAAUGACCUUUCGAAAGAGUGCAAAAGAAUUAUUACAACUAGCAGCCAAAACAUUAAACAAAUUGGGAGUCCCAUUCUGGCUGAGCAGUGGAACUUGUCUAGGAUGGUAUCGGCAAUGCAACAUUAUUCCUUAUAGCAAAGAUGUCGACCUAGGAAUUUUUAUACAAGAUUACAAACCUGAUAUUAUUUUAGCAUUUCAGGAUGCAGGACUUCCACUCAAACAUAAAUUUGGGAAGGUAGAAGACAGCUUGGAACUAUCCUUCCAGGGAAAAGAUGAUGUAAAACUUGAUAUUUUUUUCUUCUAUGAAGACACUGACCAUAUGUGGAAUGGAGGCACUCAGGCCAAAACAGGAAAAAAAUUUAAGUACCUAUUUCCCAGAUUUACACUGUGUUGGACUGAGUUUGUAGACAUGAAGGUCCAUGUGCCCUGUGAAACCCUUGAAUACAUUGAAGCCAAUUAUGGUAAGACCUGGAAGAUUCCUGUGAAGACGUGGGACUGGAAGCGCUCUCCCCCCAAUGUGCAGCCCAAUGGAGUCUGGCCUAUUUCUGAGUGGGAUGAGGUUAUCCAGUUAUACUGAGCUACUCAAUUAAAAUGGGAGAAUUCUCCUCCUAAAAAAAAGAUGAAUAACUGUUUAAAAAAAAUACUUCUUUUUGUCAAACUAAGUGGGUGCCAAAGGGGGGGGAGGGAAGACAAGCUGGAAAAACAGCCCUAACUCCUGAGCCAUGUGAUUUAAUUCUCUCAUUCGGUAUUUUUUGAGGAAUUUCCAUGUGUCAAGUAUAAUGGUAGGUUACGGUGGAGAAGCAGAAAUGAAGGAAAUGAAUGCCUGCCUCUUUUUCCCCCUCCCAUUGGUAAACACCUCAGUUUCCCUUUGAGGGAAACACCCUCACCUUUUAGAGCUUAAAUAGAACAUGUUACAUUCUGUACAGGUUUUUUUUAAGUGUUAUGCAGUGUUUGAACCAGAAGAUGAGUUCCCUAAGGAAGGAUAUACUAGUUAAAAAGAAUAACCUAUACCUGUUCUUUGCAUUUAAGCUGUUAUGUUAGUACUACUUGUAAGUUGCAGGGGUCCUCAAACUGCAGCCCGUGGGCCACAUGAGGUGGUGUGAUUGUAUUUGUUCCCUUUUUGUUUUUUUACUUCAAAAUAAGAUACAUGCAGUAUGCAUAGGAAUUUGUUCAUAGUUGUUUUUUUUUUUGUUUGUUUUUUUUUAACUAUAGUCCGGCCCUCCAACGGUCUGAGGGACAGUGAAUUGGCCCCCUGUUUAAAAAGUUUGAGGAUACCUGUCUGAGUUAAUAUUCAAAUGAUCAGAAUUUAGGUGGUGUCAAGAAUAGAUAAUAGCAAUUUUAUUUUGCUAGCAAACUAAUGUGGAAUUGAUUUAGAUUACAGGGCAUUAUUCUACAAGGGAAGGUGAGAACUUAUUUCUAGCCUUGUCAAGAUAAGUAAAUUUCCUUACACUUACUAAUUUCCUAUUUGAAGUGAAAAGAAAGCUUACGCUUGUGUGAUGCUUGAAGUUGUAGCCAUUGUGAGAGUAUUUUCACAGACCUCUGAUGGCACGUGUUGACAGAUCAUUCAAAUUGAAAACAUUUACUGUUUUGAGAGAGUUGUGAUUUCACAAAACUGAUUUUUCUUAUUUUAUUCUCAAUCACUCUGUUAAGCAAAAAUAUGAGCUAUUCUUGGACAUUUUAUAUUUUCUGAAUUUAUAAUCUUUGUAUUUUUUUUUUUUUUUUUGAGACAGAGUUUUACUUUGUCGCCCUUGGUAGAAUGCUAUAGCAUCACAGCUCACAGCAACCUCCAACUCCUGGGCUAAGGCAAUUCUCUUGCCUCAGCCUCCCGAGUAGCUGGGACUACAGGAGCCCACCACAACGUCUGGCUAUUUUGUUGUUGUUGUUGUUGUUGCAGUUUGGCUGGGGCUGGGUUCAAACCCGCCACCCUUGGUAUAUGGGGCCGGCGCUCUACCCCCUGAGCCGCAGGUGCCGCCCUAAUCUUUGUACUCUUAAUAGUAACACUAAAAUGUUAAUAGAGAUACUUCUAAUUUUUCUAAAUGUACUCUUUAUCAUAUACAUUCACCAGUUACUACAGUUCUGUAUCUUUGAUUUAUGGCCUAUGCACCAAUUUAAAUAGCAUGUAAGUUUGCCUGUUCUUUUCUUCUUCCAAUAGUAUGUCAGGUCUCCAAAAUGGAAGCUAAUGUUGAAUUUGGCAACUAUUCCCCACCCCACAUUACAGAGUUUGUAAAGUUUGUAUCUGUCCAUAAUUGUUCAAUCUAUUGAAUAUUGAUGAGUGAGAACUCAGAUUUUCCUACCUUAUCAAGCACCACUCAUUCUGGAAACUUCCAGUUUCUUUUUUUCCCCUCAAGAUAUAUCCCUGAGUGGGCUGGGAUGGCUUUGUCUCCCCAUCUCUUCACUACUCACUUGAACAUUGUAUUCUAAACAAGAGGUAAAGAGAAAUAUGGGCACGAUAAGUACUGCUACUGAAGGGCCUGGCGGGGAAUUCUAACCCUGCAGUGGGGCGGAGAAGGGGGGGAAAAACAGCUACAGUUUAAGAAGACCAUUUUUUUUUUUCUCUCUAGUUCUAAAUGAGUAAUUGACCUUGGGUCUUCUUCAGAAUGGCAGCACCUUAUCUCAAAACUACUUGUAACAUAGCAACCACAGGGUUUUUUUGCAGCCAGAAAAAAAAUAGUUUUUAACGAACUUUGUAGUUAACUCUUUAAUUGCUGGAAAGAGAGGGUUUUGACUGCAACACUACAAUGUUAACUAACUCCCACCCAGAGAUGUUAAGGGCAAUGGGAGACCUAGAGGAUAUAAGAGAGAGAGAAGAUAAAAAGGCUAGUUAGCAGGGUGAGGAAGUGGGGGCAGAAUCUGUCUUUCACCAGGGGCUGAGACAUUCUCAGUGGCCGCCCCCUGGGUGAAAGUUGGCCCUGGUGCCCCAGCCACAACUAGUGAGGGCCUGCCCUCCCGAGUCUCACAGCCUCCGGGCGGGGUCAGUUCCAGAUAGAGCCAGCCAAUCCAACAUGCACUCCUUUGUUCUCACAGCCUCCAGGUAAGACCAGUCCCGGAUAGAGCCAGCCAAUCCUAAACCUCCUAAGUUACCUUAGUCCCUGUGCUGACCAACCCCCAACUUGGUCCCGGUUUACCCCCUAGAAACCCAAAAUGCAUCAUGCCAAAGAGUAUAAAACCCAGCAUCAUUUCUACCUUGGGGUCGUCCCCUCUGAGCAGAGUCCUGCCAGAAGUAUGGCCCAAGCAUGCUUGAAUAAAGUCACUCCUUUGUUUUUUGCAUGUGUGUCUGGUGAUCUCUCAGUAGCGGAAUUUGGUCUUAACACUACCUUUUUCUUUCUCUGGGAAAGGAAGCCGAGUCUUAUAUCUUGUUUAUGAUGCUUAGGACUACUUUCUGGACCAGCCUGGCAGAUUUUCCUCUAAAACCAGAGAAUAAAUAGGGGUCUCAAAAUGAAAACCAGAAUGUCUAAAGGAAUAGGCUGGCAGUUUCCUGAGGGGAGUGUGGGGGGGGAGGGAGUUGGGAAAAGUAACCUACAGCUACCCCACUUCAAAUUCUAAAAACGACAUUAAAACUUUCUUUAAUAAAUGAUAACCAACGGUCCUCUCUUAGGAUGCAUUCUCAAUGCAAAAUCAUUGGCUCUUUUCAUAAAUAUAUCAGACUCUCUAGGACCUGUAUAGAUUAUCAGUAGACUUGUCCCAAAAUAAUAGGUUAUUCCAAUUAGCUUUCCCUUCACUAGAAAAUCAGUCUAUUCCCAGUUCUAAAUAACUUUCCCUAAUUUCAUUUUGCAUGCUCAAAAAUAAAAGAUAAUAAUAGUGUUCUUCAGUAAAAUCCAGCCCACUUUGGUGAGGACCAUUUGCUGUGUUCAGCAUCUAGAAGUACACAUACUCCAUGUUGCUGUCCGUUUCAAGUUGGGACUCCCACUGUUUGCCACUAGAUCUUAUGCACUCCUGUUCAGGUUGUUUCUCUUUUAUCUGACCCUGAAAAUAUAAGUUCUUGAAGUAUAUGAAGUCUGAAAUAUCUUGGUCCCACUCAUAGAGGUUCUAUAUCUUUCCCUACCUAAACCACUGGUUGCUGAAAUAAUUUCUUAUCUUCUUUCUGGUUUCACAGACUUCAGCUCUUGGGUUCCACCCUAACUUGGGGGAAUGAAAGCCUUUCCUCAAAAUCAAAAGGCCAGUCUCAUCUCUGAUUCUGAUUCAGCCAUUCUUCAUCUUGUGCUUUUAACAGUUUCUGCUGAGUAUCCAGAGAUCUUGAGUUAGUUGAUUCUAACAGUCAUUCUCCUAAUCUGAGCACUUUAGGCCCAGUUUGCCUAGCUUACCUGAAGAAGACUUAUAUAACUUGUUGAUAUUUAGGCACCCAUGGAUGUCUCCAGAGAGGUCCUAAGAGGCACAGUCCUUUUCAUUUAACAACUCGGUAGCCGCUCUGUCCUCUAAACAGGGAGCACUUGUCCUCUUCUCUGCUGUAGCUACUGACUUCUGGCCCCUGGAAUAAAACUACAGUUCACAUAAUAGUUAGGCAGUGGGAUAGCAGAUUUCCUUGAUUCCUAACUAGAAACCCUGAAAUUUGACCAUUAGGUGGCAGAAUGUUUGCCAGAAUUCCCCUAAAUCAAGUUAAAACUUUAGUAAAAAUCAUUCUACUUUCGAAUCUUGAAUGCUAGAAGAGGCAUAGCCUCUGGAGUUAACUCUCUUAUUUUAGAAGAGUUAAUUCUUAUAACUUCCAUUUUAUGAGUUGUUACUUUAUAAGAGUGAAGCUUUUUAUUUUAUAAUUAAAUAAAUAAUCCAAGAAAGGAGUGAUCUGAGUAAGGCUAAAACCCCAGAGGGCCAUGACUUCUAGUGCAAUGUCUGCUUCGCACUAUCGCACAGCAUCUUUAACUCUGCUUGGUAUACUUGACAGAGAAGUUAUCCAGUGCCUCAGUAAGUUUAGGGUAUUUCUGCCAUGCCCCACUUGAUAUUUGAGAACCUGAGGUGAGAAAAAUGUCAAGGCGAAUUGUUUCCUUCUUGUUCGGAAUUCUUAGGCUACCUUCAUACAAUUAUCUGAAAAAUGCCUUAUCUCCAAAAAUUAAUACCAUUCACAUUCGGAGACAUCAGCCCUUAACACCUGAUUCUCCUUAGUUCAAGAUGCAUUCUAUAUUAUUUUACCUGGCUGUUAACCCAAGGGAACUGUCAGUACCAAUCUGCUAAAUGCCUGAAUCUGGAAAGUUGCUCCUCUCUGUAAAGUAACUUUCUGUCUCAAGCCCUUUUCUUCCUAAAGAAUCUUUACCUGGUAGGGUAAAGAUAACAGUUAGAUGUAAUAGUUAGAUGUAACUGGAGUGCUUUCAAGUUUCUAGGAUUUUUUUUUUUUUAUCUCUUUCACUGGAAAGGAGGCUGGAGUAUUUAAUUUCAAGUAUUAGACUGCUUUUAAUUAUUACUAUUAAUACUUUCUUUUUUUAAUUUUUAAUUUAUGAUUUAUUUUUUAUUUAUUUAUUUUUUUUGUAGU